AUGCCGGUCCUCGGGAAGAACUCAGAGCUGAGGCGAAUUGUCUCGCUACUGCCCAAUGUGACCAGUCUCGAGCUUCAAGGGCUGAUCAUCACAUCGUCUACAAUCGAGGCGCUCUCAGUGCUGGCGCCACAUGUCCACGAGCUCGUCAUAGGUUGCCUUCUAGCCGCUACACCUGACAUCUUCAAGCGCUUCAUCUGCGCCUUCUCUGCCCUUCGCUCGUUGGAAAUCACAGAUAUGCUGUAUGUCAACCCGAAAGGCGAGAAAUUCCCACGGACGCAGUUUAGAGAUUUCUGGUUGGGCUACGGAUCCCCUCCAGGUCGAUCCUACUGCAUCAAUCCAGAGGAGUGGUGGUAUUUUAAGGCGUGCAAUGAAUGGACACUCGGGCCUCCUUUUCGCACUGUCAACUAUAGUGUCGAAGCAAUGAAGCUGGUAAUGCGCCGACGUAUGCUGAAGAAAUACCUUGGUUAUGAAGCAGGAAUCGACAACGUGGCAACGAACAAUUUCCGGUGGAUAGAAAGAACGGAUGACCCGCAGUGCUUCCUCUGGACGCUGGCCUUUAUCGUGAAUAUCUUAACCCCAAAACUCUGCGAGCUGCACUUCCGAUUGCUUUCCCCAGGUCUGUCCCACCUGGUUGAGCACUUCCUCCUCCAUCUUGCGGAGAAGCUUGAGAGGCCUGCAUUCCAGCAUGUACGGAUGUUCACCUUCGAUGUCGGCUUCACGGAACUACACCCUGACACUCAUGUGGACUUCGGGUUCAUCCAGCGCUGCUUGCCCACAUUCGCUGAACGAGACAUGCUGGUGCUCAAGGCGUGUGCUGGUCUUGUCGAGCCGGAUCCUGACGUUCGCGCCGUCGACUAUGUCCGUCGCCGCCUACUCGCGCUCAAUGCAGGUCAUCUAAAGAUCGAUUUCAAUGAUAUACUGGCAUUCGUUAUCCCGGGUCCCGAUGAGAUUGACAGAGAGGAGUUGAUUCGGAUAGAGUUGGCAAUUGAUGGACUCGCCAUGUCCUCCCACAAACGAAGGAUCUCCGACUUGCUGGAAGAUGAAUCAUUCGACAGGCAGAGUAGACAGCGUGUCGACGGACAGUCUUACUGCACUUUACGAUACCACGCAGAUACAGAGUCGGUCCUCCACGUGCACUUCCGCCAGCCCGUGCCUCUCAUAACAUUCUCCUACACUCCUUCUCGCGAACUGGUAUUCACGAACUCGGCUCUACGGUAUUACGUCGACCCUCCGAUCGGUGCGGACUUGAAGUAUGGCUACGAGCGAUGGGUGAAACGACCGGAGGAAAAGGGUAGGAUCGACGGAUUGCUCAAGGCGAUCUCGCGAGCCCGCACAAUGGCACCGCUAGAUUCCGCCGAACAAUGGUCUAUAGAGAACACGGACGUAGUGUCGUGGAGGGGGGUUAUGACGAAAUUGCAGUCGUACUACGGCUACUCCUUCGAGUCAUGGUGCACGUCUUCAAAGCCGAGCACCCAGGAAACACUCGGAGGCCACCCACCAGGCUGGGGAGGAAAAUAUAACGGUGAUACAAGGUCCCUCGUGGAGCUGAAGACGUCGCUUACGAUCCGCAAUGCGAAUGACCAGGGUCGAUUUGAGAAGAAAUUCUUGAAGUUUUACUUCCAGUCAUUCCUCCUAGGCGUUCCGGAAAUCAUCGUGGGCUUCCGCACACCUUCCGGCGAGUUACGGUCCCUUCAGUCGUUUCAGACAAUGAACAUACCGAGCCUGGCCAUCGGCAAGAACAACGCCUGGGAUCCACGUGUGUGUCUGGACUGGGGCCAUCGUUUCAUGUCCGCCCUGAAGGACGUUGUGCGCCAAGCCGUGCACAAUGACACUGAUUCGUCGGAAGCCUCGCGGAUUAAGGUUUGGCGCGCCGCGUUUGGAACGGGCUCGGGGGUCAACGUCUCGUUGCUCGAUGAUGCCGGCGUCCGCGAGGUCGAGGCAGGAGAAGAUAGGGUGGGCUUUCUGCCUAGAUGGUAUUGGGACGAACUCCGUCGAGAGCCUCGUGCGACACGUCCACAGGAUACAGGAGGGUCAUCGCAAGGGCGCGCGCCCCGAAGGGUACCUGCGGGAUGGAAGAUUUGA